AUGGCAGAGAAGGAGAAGAAGGACAAAAAGGAGAAGAAGGAGAAGGACGAGAAGAAGGAGAAGAAGGAAAAGGACGAGAAGAAAGACAAGAAGGAGAAGGAUGAGAAGAAGGAGAAGGAUGAGAAAAAGGAGAAGAAGGAGAAAAAGGAGAAGCUGGGCGGAGGCUUAGAUCUUUGGGCAUCCACCGGGGACGCCACGGCGUCUGGCUACGGAGGAGCUCCCAAGGCCCCUCAAGAUAAGCGAGACAAGGAGGAAAAGAAAGAGAGGGAAACGGCGAAGGACGCUGCCACCAAGAACCUCAUAGGGGUAAGCGACGUCAUCGCUCAGACGAUGCAAAAGAAGAAGGAGGCAGACAAAGCAGAAGCCAGGAAGGAGGCCGAGAAGAAAGCGAAGGCCGUCAAAGCCGCCAGAAAAGAGCAGGAGAAGAAGGAUGAAGAAGACGACACCUUCCAGAUCAUGGAUAAGGGUGGCCUCGGGAACUUUAUGGAGAAGACCGCGGUCAUGGACAUCAUGAAGAACUCGGUGAAGACGGCGAACUCACAAGCAGGUUCCCGAUGCCAGAUAUCCACUAGAACCCAGAUGGAUGACAAGAUCUUUACCAACAAGGAGGCAAAGUUCGAGUCCUUGGGUGACAUGAAGGCGGUGAAGGGCUUCAUCUUCCUCAGAGGCCCCAAGGAGGAGCCUGGCGUGAAGCUCACCCUGCAGCGCCCGGCCACGAUUUACGUGGCCCUCAGCAAGCCGCCCAACGAGGACGAUCCCUUCCUGCGCACCUGGCAGGUGGUGGAUUCCAGCGAGGUAGCGCCGCCCGAAUUUGCAGAGAACCUCGCACCCAUCUACGAGGUAAAGCGAAAGGUCUUCCGGGACCCGGACAACCGGCACGUGGAGGUGCCCAGACCGCCUCCUGGGCUCGAGACGGUGCUGGUCUUUGUCGUUCCGGACUUCCAUGCCGAAAUGUACGGUGAGGAGAUGAAGAAGCAAAAGGAGGAGGAAGCGAAGCUAGAGAAGGAGAAGGCAAAGCAGGUGGAGGAGGUGAAGGCGGAGGAGAUGAAGAAGCAAAAGGAGGAGGAAGCGAAGCUAGAGAAGGAGAAGGCAAAGCAGGUGGAGGAGGUGAAGGCGAAGGGCAAGAAAGGAAAGAAAGGAAAGAAAGGAGAGGAAGAGGAGGAAGAAGAGGAUGAUAGCAAGGCAAAGGCGAAGGGCAAGAAGGGCAAGAAGGAAGAGGAAGAAGAGGAGGAGGAAGAAGUUAAGGUUAGGAAAAAGCCUAAGGGUGGAAAGCCCAAGGACGAGCCUAAGAAGGAGGAAGUUGCAGCCAAGCAGGAGAUGAAGAAGCAAAAGGAGGAGGAAGCGAAGCUAGAGAAGGAGAAGGCAAAGCAGGUGGAGGAGGUGAAGGCGGAGGAGAUGAAGAAGCAAAAGGAGGAGGAAGCGAAGCUAGAGAAGGAGAAGGCAAAGCAGGUGGAGGAGGUGAAGGCGAAGGAGAUGAAGAAGCAAAAGGAGGAGGAAGCGAAGCUAGAGAAGGAGAAGGCAAAGCAGGUGGAGGAGGUGAAGGCGAAGGGCAAGAAAGGAAAGAAAGGAAAGAAAGGAGAGGAAGAGGAGGAAGAAGAGGAUGAUAGCAAGGCAAAGGCGAAGGGCAAGAAGGGCAAGAAGGAAGAGGAAGAAGAGGAGGAGGAAGAAGUUAAGGUUAGGAAAAAGCCUAAGGGUGGAAAGCCCAAGGACGAGCCUAAGAAGGAGGAAGUUGCAGAGGCGGCCCCAGCAGUGGAGGAGGUCGUCAAAGAGCCGAAGGGUGAGAAGCACAGCGAGUACAAGGUCGCCAAGGUCAUCAGCCAUGAAGCCAUGAAAAAGAAGGGGAUGUUCUUGGUCGAGCUGGAGACCGGUGGCGACAAUGCAACGGUGGUGACAUCCUUCGACGACUUGCAAGCAGGGCAGCUGGUGAUUUUCGCGCCGGAGGGCUCCACAGUGCUGGGUAAGGAGGUGAAACGGCAGAAGGUGGCGGGCGAGUGGGCCGUUGGCGUCAUUUGCAGCCCCAAAGAGAUGGGCUUGUCUGCAGAGUCUUCACAGGCGAUCGUCCUGACCCGCCCUUACAAGGUGGGCGCGGCGGCUCCAGCCAACGGUGCGUAAGCCGAAGAGGCGCGGCAGAGCCGGCCGGUGCAUAAGGCUCAUGAGGCGAGCGACUCAUAGGUGUACAGUUGAGUCAUGUCUUCAGAUGAGCAGCACGGCUUGCCGCCCGGUCUACGUCUAGGGCUGCGCAAAAAGACCACAGGAAAACUC